UUUGGCCCUCAAAUCACGCGCAAACGACUCGUCUCGUUGCGUAGAUAUUGCUAGCACCCUUUAGAAGCCCCGCAAAAUUACCGGAAGGCUUUCAACGGAAGUUCACGCAUUGCCAAGGGCCACGACCGGUCGUGAACUCACCGACGACCAGAGGUCGGCGGUGUACCAUCGACUCCUGCAGCUCAAAAGCAACGGGCGUGUUGGCCAUGGAGAGAUGAAGAAUCUGAUGCAGUCCUUCAACAUCAGUCAGCAAACCAUCUCACGCAUCUGGCGGCGUGGAUGCGAGACAGCAGCUUCACUUGGAGUUGCAAAGUUCGGCUCCAAAAAAAAGGGACGGUGCGGGAGGCCACGCAAGUACAAGGACGAAGACGUUCAAAGUGCCGUCACCAGUGCACCAGCUCAUCUACGCCGCCUACAGAACAAUGGCAAAGGCCACUGGUGUCCCCAAGACGGCGCUGUGGCGCCUCGUCAAGGCCAAAAAGUUGAAUCGGCGCACAAGCCGUCUGCGACCAUUGCUCACACCACAAUAUCGUGUUGCGCGGUACAAUUUCGCAAAUUCGUUCAUUCGUGAUGGCUACUAAGGCCGCCGCCAGUGGCACGACAUGUUGGACUGUGUCCAUAUCGAC